AUCACUGCCGAGCUAACAGCUCUCUCGCUACUCAGAUCAGUGAACUCCACUGCCUCACUGCGGCGCUGUCCAAGUGGUUGAGAACUUUUGAUACUUAUAAUUCAGUGAUCGUCGUCAGUUGAACUCACUAACUUUCAACUGAGAAGAAAUUUAACAGCCGUAUCGUUUACAAAUCAAGAUGGCUUGUGAAAUAGAACCCAUGUCCCGCACUUACCAAUACCGUAAAGUGAUGAAGCCGAUGCUCGAACGCAAAAGGCGAGCAAGAAUCAACAAGUGUUUAGACGAGUUGAAGGAUUUGAUGGUGGGUGCUCUUCAAAACGAAGGAGACUCAAUUGCCAAGCUUGAAAAGGCUGAUGUGCUAGAACUAACAGUGACUCACUUGAAGAAACUUCGUCAACGUGGCCAGCUCGCCCUGAAACCUCUACCAAAUCUUCAAGAGAAAUACAGGGAAGGUUACACUCACUGCGCCUCGGAGGUCUCACGCUGCUUGGCAUCCAUCGAAGGAGUCGACGUUACUUUGGGAACGAAGCUUAUGACACAUCUUGGUGUCAAACUCACAGAGCACGAGAAAAGAGCUCCUUUGAGCAUCUUGGUCCCACAGCCUGGAUCUUCACCAACGUUUUCCACAACUUCCAGUGGGUACAGUUCAGCAUCAGAACUUUCCCCAGCGCCUUCUUCAAGUUCUUCGAACCGCGGAUCUCCUUUGCCUGCCUCUCAGCACGGCCUUAUCACCUUCGCGUCAACGCAGCCUAAUGAACAGAAACCGAAUAUUGUUUUGCCUUGUGAAAAAAUUGUGACGAACAGUGUGCCAUCCAGUGUUGCCCAGCACCAAAACCAGUUAUUGGUGAUAUCAUCAUCAUCUAAUGUACCUUCACGGAGUACAUCUCCAGUUUCUACCCAAACUUCUACAGGAAAUUCAGUUCCUAUUUCGUACGUUAUGAAGAGGAAUCCAGCAUUUUCAUCUCAAAUUCACGAAAGAAAUUCACCGCCAGUUUUGACCAAGCCAAUGUGGCGGCCAUGGUAAACGAAAACAAUUCAUCUAUUUCGACAUAAAGUACAAAUCUUCCGUCUGCUGUGAUAAACGUGAUAGAAAUAACACUGGGCAUUUCUGUGAUAGUCACCUGUGAUAAAAGGCACAAAUAUUGUCAGCUCCUCGUCAGCCCUUGCAUUUUCGUCAGCAUCUUGGCGGCGAACAUUCGUCUCUGCGAGAAGACUCCCGCAAGACACUGCGCUACAAUGAAGCAGCUUCAAUAUCCUAAUAAGGCUGAUAAUAUCCCUAUAAAUGUAUUUAUUUAUAACAACUUUAUAUAAAAUAAAAUUA